CGGGACACCCCUAAACACACGUGGGUCCGCCACUGCCUAUAACCCUUCUUUUGUAGAACAGCUCACCAAAGCAUUUUCAAAAUAUAUAAAAGCAAACAAUGGUGCUACUACUCAUGAAAAAAAAGCCAAAUUAUAAUAACAAAAAUUAGAAAAAUGUGGUGACUAAGAAGCACAUAAAAAACCCCUAAAUAUGAGACCUCUAAAUAAACAAGCGAUAACCAUACUACAAGUAACGAAAUGAGGUUGGUCUUGAUUGUCAAAUAGUGACGGGAUAAGCUAUGUAUAAUUACGUGAUCAUUUUGUUGGUUGAGGACCUGGUAACCACUUAUUUAGAUAGCCCAAUUGAAAAAUUAAAAUACACAUUAGUUUAUAUUCUUUAUUACUCAAAUAUUUUUGUAUAUACUGAUUACAAUCUCAUAAUUCAUAAUGACAAAUAACAUUUAUAAGUCAAUUUUAAUCUAUAAAGAUAAAGUUGUGUGGCUUUUAGAGCCUAGUUAAGUUAUGAUGUAGGGGAGUUGAUUUUGUGGUGGUGGCCUCAUUUCUGUUCCCCCGCCGGCCCCCUACCAUAGUUACAGUGGACUAACAUCCACUCAACAGGAUUCAACCCUUCACGAACCAGAUCUCGCCACGUACGGGAUCGCGAGUGAGAGAGUACGACCCAGCCAAUGGGAACUCGAAACGUGGGCGACCGGUACUUAGGGGGAAUGAUGGCGCUGGACACCCCAGCCUUUACGGAGAUUGGGUCAGUGUCCUUUCCAAACAAGGGUAUCUUUCAGUGGCUGUGGGGACGGCCGACUGCCCCAAAAAGAUCCGACUACGAACCCGACUGGACCCCACCCCACCCCACUUCUUUCGCUCCAAUCGGGCCGCCCUAGUCCAGCCCAAGUUUUACUACCUCGCUUCAACUCUGGCCCGGACUGGGCCCAUUACCAUUAUUCCGGCCCGGAACCAAAUCCCCCCGAAACCGCACUAAAAUCAAUCGUCCUAUCCCACUCCCAUCAUUUUGAAAUUUUGAGCACUUCUGAUUUCCCCCCCUCUUCCCGGUUCAUCUUCUCUUCCGUUCUCCUCCGUCCACGGUCGUGAUGUUGGCAGAAUCCGGCGAAUCACCCUCCGAUCGGGACCCUCUCUUGCAGUGGCUUCUGUCGAUAAAAGAGGCUCAUGAUGGUGGAAACUUUUCGGAACUGGAAGAGCUUGUGUCGAACUGUAUUGACAAUUUCAAGGACGAUAUAAAGUACCGAGAUGAUCCCAGAUUCCUCCAGAUUUGGUUGCUCCAUUUGGAAAGCAGUAGUGACUUUGAAACAGUUUUCAAAGAGAUGGAGAAGAGAAAGAUAUGCAUACGGAGCUCUUUGCUUUACGAGCUGUAUGCAUGUCUCCUUGAAGGUAAAGAGAUGUGGCAAGAAGCAUAUUUGGCAUAUCAACUUGGCAUUUCAAGGGAAGCUGAACCACUGGAGAGGUUGAAAAGUGCAUGUUCACUUUUUCUUGAUAGAAUGUCUGAUAGAGUAAAUGCUUCCUCACUGGAAAAGAUUGAUGGCGAUGAGUCCAGCAGGUCAGAAACAUGUAUUAAUCCUUGGUCUGACUCCACAAUGGAUAACCUGUUGCAGAAGAUAAAACCUUUGCUUUUAAAAUCUGAUGGAUAUCAUCUAAGUAAUAAAGCCUACUCUGGGAAAGUGGAUUUAUCUUCACUCCGAGCUUCGUCAAAGAACAAGACGCUGGAGCUAGGUAAGAGAAAGUACCUAAUCAAGGGCUAUACUGGGCAAGGUCGUUUUGCCUUAGUAUUUAAAGCACAUGAUGACAGCACUCCUGAUGAGUACGUUGCACUGAAGAUACAAACGCCGCCUUUUCCUUGGGAAUUUUAUAUAUAUCGUCAGCUUGAUAAGCGUAUUCCAGACCAGCAAAGGUCAAGCUUCGGGUUUGCUAAACGAAUGCAUCUUUACUCGGACUACAGCGUACUUGUCUGUGACUACUUAUCCCAUGGGACACUUCACGACGUGAUAAAUUCCUUUUGGGUUGUUCGCAAACCCAUGGAGGAAGUGCUAUGUAUUUAUUACACCAUAGAGAUGCUAUGUAUGCUGGAAACUUUGCAUGACGUUGGCCUUAUUCAUGGGGAUUUCAAGCCUGACAACCUUCUUGUUCGCUGUGCCAGAGGUGAACUUAAAGAAGAUGAUUAUAAGAAACGAGAUGGCCAUUGGCGUGACCAGGGUCUCUGCCUAAUUGACUGGGGAAGGGCUAUAGACCUGCAUCUUUUCCCAAGCCACGUCGAGUUUGAAGGAAGCUGCCGGACUUCUGGCUUUCGAUGUGUUGAGAUGCAGGAGAACAAACGCUGGAAAUGCCAGGCUGACUCCUACAACCUUUGUGGCGUUGCACACCUGAUGCUACACGGAUCCUACAUGGAGAUAGAAAGGAAACGCACUUCAGAUGCAGACCACGUUUAUAUGCCUAGACUGCCUUUUAGAAGGUACUGGAACUGCAAGUUAUGGGAGAGGCUUUUUAAGGAGCUGCUCAACAAUGCCCCUCAUGAUGACAAGAUGUUACUGCGCGAUUUGAGGGAGUGCUUUGAAGAAUACCUGUGCUCGGAUCCCCAAUUAUUAAGGAAGCUGAAGGAUUUGCUGACAAAGCUAAAGCUUUUCUUGUGUUCUGCAUAGAUAGUGGUUUUCUCUGAUGUUUUCCUCCUCCAUGAGACCUCUCUCACAUUACCCUAGUUCAGCAACACGGCGGAAAUCACAAGGUUAGCUCCCAAUCCCAUGGACUACAAGUCUACAAUUGUUGCAUUUUCCUCAGUUUCUGCUUUGGUUAUUCUUCUUCCUUUCACUCUAUUACCCUUGCUACUGAAUUCUCUGCCGUUUUAAUUGGUUAUGUGCAGAAGCCAUGUAGCUGAAUUCUCUAUUGCACAUAAUUCGUGUAAUGUAUUGUCGUAGCCCAGUAAGGUGAAAGGGGAUGAAGUAGCUCACCGUUGGUGCCCAUCCUCGUCGAAGUGAUUGUGUGUUAGUUAUCUGAUUUCUUUACGGGAAGGUUUCUGUAUGUAUGCUAAUCUAUACGCAAAGAAUCUCUCUUUCCCGGUAUAUUUUUAGUUUCCGUUACAGUACUCCAAAUCCAAAUGAGAAGAAGUAUAUCUAUAUACAAUGUGCUGAGCAACAAACUUACUACGUAAUCGAGACAUCAAGUGGAACUCAUUGCGUAAUCAAGCUGCAAUUGUACAUAAUUUUAAGUGAGCCGAGAUUUGAUGAUUGAUAUUUUUUUUAGUUUGACUUUUAUCUCUAUCAUUUCAUUUUUUUUAGUAAAUUACAUGUUUUGUC